UGCACGGCCUGCCCCGCCGGGACCUUCAAGCCAUUCACGGGACCAAGUGACUGUACUGAAUGCCCACCGGGGCAGUUCUCUCCCUCCGAUGCCUCCUCUUCUUGUAUUGACUGCGCCCCGGCUGGCUACACUGGGAUGGCCGGAUCGGAGUGCGCGGCGUGCCAAGAGGGAAAAUUCAAACCCACGACAGGGAGCGGGGACUGCACGGGCUGCCCGGGAGGGUCGACCUCCCCGAUCGCCUCCGUCGAGGCCUGCAUCUGCGACGCCGGGUCAUAUCUUCGCGCACCGAGCUUCUGCUCCGACUGCCCGCUCGAUACCUACAAAGCUACGGUCGGGAACGAGGCAUGGAAGUGCACGGUGUGUCAAAAAGGAUACUACAAGGACACCAUUUCCAACCGUGUGUGCGAGGCGUGCCCUGCAUCCGAGGCCAACGGCUCCAACACCUCCCUCACCUGCCAGAACUGCUCGGCGGGCUACCAUGCCCCCUCCCCCGGAACCUCCUCCUGCCUCAUC